AUGCCUUUGUGUUCUCCAUGGCAGGACAGCAAGGCCGAGGAGAAUGGCUCCGACAUCUUCAUGCACUCCAUGGUCCCACAGCUGGAGCGGCAAAUGGAGACCACCCAGAGCCUGGUGGACUCCUAUGUGGCCAUUGUCAACAAGACAUGGGACCUCAUGGUUGGUCUCAUGCCCAAGACCAUCAUGCACCUCAUGAUCGACAGUACCAAGGAGUUCAUCUUCUCGGAGCUGCUGGCCAACCUGUACUUGCAUGGGGACAAGAACAUGCUGAUGGAGGCACAGCAGUCAUGA